AUGGCCGGUCCUGCGAACCAGCCGUCGAAGAACGGCCUGCCAGCCAAGUCGACUGAAGACAUCGACGAAGAGAAAGUGCAGCUGGCAAUGAUGGAUGACUUGGGCAUUGCGCGUGUUGAGAAUCUACCUCUGGAGGACGAACCUCGCGAGCGCGGCCAUGCUCAUCGCAAUCACGGUCCCGUUUCCCGAGGGCAAGGCCAGCCCCGUGGCGUUGCUGGUGGAGCUGGUUGGAGCAUCGACCAGGUGUGGAAAGAUGCUAUCGAGUCUGGAGCCUUCGAAGACGAGGAGGCUCGAGGUGUCAAGGACUUAGACGACCUCGGCGGCGGCAGAAUCUACGACAAGGUCAUUGUCCAGACGAUGAAGAUUCUCGACCACCGCAAUAAGAGGUCCAAUACCCGCCAGUCAGCUGAACAACAGCCGACCAGCAAGAGGGUCCGCUUGGAGGAACAGACAAUGAACAACUCUAGCCGCAACAAGGCUUGGGGCCACGCUGGGGCACCUGAUAGCCGGGAUUCGAUGCCCUCGACUAUCUCCAAAUGGAAACACCGGCAGCGCACCAGAGCGGCGAGGCCGGCGCGAAGCCCACGUCCGCCGCCUGCUCCUUAUUGGGGUGUGCCAAUGCCCCAGAUGAUUGCCGACCCCAACGCCCCACUGCCCUUCGAGGUCCAGAAUGUUGUCUUCAAGACAUCGGCCUUGUUUCAGAGCAGGGAUAUCUACCCCGCGAUGUCCUCGAUUGUCUUGUUGUCGGCAGCCCGGCGGCCGGAGCUGGGACUUUUCACGGUCGUCCUGUUCAACCGCAAGUUCUGCGAGUGGCCCAUUUCUGCGUGGUAUGACUAUUCCACUGGCGCCGACAAUCUUCUAGGGAUUACUUUUGUGGAUGGCACGGGCUCGAUCCAAGGUUACGAGCUCUUCUUUGGAAACUUCGACAGCCUGAGGGACUUUAUGACUACGGUGCGAUCUCUCAAGGCUGGGGAGUUCGCGGAUCAAGUUGAGUCUUCAACUGCCACAUCGGUUCCUGCUCAAGCUCCUCCUUCGGCUGCUGCGAGCAACCACACGACCUCUGGAGCAUCUGUUAUGGAUUCCUCCAUUGGUACGAACGGCAAUCGGUUUACACCGAGCGAUUCACAGAAGGCACAGAGUGUGGUCCCAUCCAGAGAGGCAGGAACGAGCCCUACUACCACCUCGGGACGUGUUGCGGCGCAGGUUCCCUCCCCAACCGCCAACGACAGCCAAACAGCGAAUGGCUCGCUUGCAGAGAACAGUUCUUCUGAGUGGACAGGCGAGCCUGACCAAGGCGAUCUGAUCAACAUCGGGGAGGCAGGAGAUAUCAGCACCGCCCCCAGCAGACCCCAGUCGGAGUCGACCGAUUUGUUGUCCUCACUCGAACCGGUCGAUCCCAGCAACGGCGCAGUGAGCAACGCGCCGCCGUUCGAGGUGACCCGUGAAGAGAUCUUGAUCACAGUUCGCAGCCUUUUCACUUACUUCAUCUGCAGCAGCGGUGAUUUCAGGGCCGAGGCAUUGGACCAGACGGCCGAGGGCGUCCGGUCAGGAGUCCUGAAGCACCUAUUGCAGGAGGCUAGAGCGCAGGGACUCAGCGCCGAAAAGAUACAGGAUCUGGAGGAGCUGACCAACAGCCUCCUUGCCUCCGUCAUCCGCGACCACCGUUCCAAGACUCGCCGUUUCCGGUACACGGUUGAGGAGCUGCAGUCAAUGCGGCAUGCCGCGCUCGAACCUCCGGGGGGUCUGGCUGAUAUCCCGGACUUACCAAAGCCACAGAAAAACAACGGCCAGGCCAAGGCCUCGGCUCCGAAUACUCCGCACUUCAAUCAAUCCCAGGUUUCAAAGUCGGCGGAUGCUAUGCAAUGGGUCCUCGGAGAAGCCAGCGCAUCCCAGCCGAUUCCGGAGAAAGAGUCCAAGACUGGAGCUCAGACCGGCGAAAGCACCGUCUCCGGUAUGGCAAACGGGGCUGCUACCCGCGAUUUGGGACUGAAGAGCUCACGCUGGGCCACUGGCACUGAGGAGAUCAAGCACGCAAACUUCUUCACAGGCCCGGCGUACGAGAAGGCCUGGUCUAAGCGGAGUCAUUUGGAGGACCUCGCCCAGCUUGAUCCUCAGACCAGGGUGACCGUUGGCGCCGAGGAUCUUCUUGACUUCUAUUUUCCGAUGUCCACCGAGGACAAUAUUCCGGCAAGUUCUUCUCAAUCCCGCGUUGUCAGCAACGGGGACAGUCAGAUGUCUGGACCCAUGAGUGCCACCGCCCCAAGGAACGAUAACAUUGAGACUCUGAGGGUGGGCAUGUCUCGCCUUACCAUCGGGGCCCCGACCGCGGCUCAGCCGAGACUGACAGAGCCGUCCGGACCAGCACUUUCACCGAGUCCGGCCACCAGUCAACACCCCGAAGGCUCGCGAGUGCAGCCAUCGCCGACAACGCCGACCCAGGCGUCGGCAGGUCCUGCAACUCAGCCCAAGGUCCGUGGACUCGCUGCAUCCCGCCACUGCUCCGGAGACGCUCCGUCCAGCUCUGGAAACUUUAAUUUCUAUCUGCCCGGGGCUGGCCAAAGCGGCUGCUAA